CUCAAAAUCAAAUGCGAUUUGAACGUGUUGGGGGGCAGAACGCUGUGAUUAAGUGAGUGAUUGAGAAUUGAAAACUGCGAGAUUGCUGAAGCGGUGGGUGGCAAUGGCGUCCUCCAGGGCGCUCAUGAUCAGCCUUAAGCUACCGAAUCGCGUGCAGCCCGAGGUGCAUCCACUGCCCGGCAAGUUGGGUCGAUACACCAACAAGUUGCACUACAUGCGGACGCAUCUGCUGGACGAGCUGCCGCGCAAGGCGUUCGCGCUGGACUUUAUGCAGCCCGUGGACACGGAGGCGCUGCAGGUGCCCACCUACUAUACGAUCAUACAAUGCCCCAUGGAUGUGGGCACGGUGAUGAAGCGAGUGCAGAACAAUUACUACCAAGGGGUCGAGGGUUUGAUUGCGGAUUUCAAGCUGCUCUUCCACAAUUGCUACAAGUUCAAUGCGCCCGAGGAUAUGGUGCAUCGCAAUGGCAAGAAGCUGGAGCAGUUCUUCAACAAGAUACUCUGCAAGCUGCCCGAGGGCGAGGAGCUGCCCUGCCACAUAGAUCCCAAGGCGCUGCCCAGUCCGCAGGGCCAUGAGCGCGCCUCUGUCGUCGCGGAGCGUCAAUGCCGCAGCGAGCUGAAGAAGCUGCAGGCAUGCAACGAUCAUUUGGAGCCGGAAACGCGUGACUUCUUCAAAGAGACCUGGACAGGCGUGUCCAAGAAGCUGAACAAGCAUCAGUUCAAAACCGUGCCCGACUUUCAACUGCACAUCAGCUCCAGCUUCGAGUGCAGUCGCCUCGCACUGCGCCGCAUCUUCGAGAGCAGCUAUCAGCAGUCGUUCGCCAGCAUUUGCCCACAGCCGCAUGGCAAGCAAAUCAGCGAACUCAUCUGCGCUGUGCGGCGCGUUGAGAACGAAUCCUUGCCCUUCAUUGUGCCGCAGUGCAGCUGGGAGCAGAGUCUGCUGCGUGGUCUGGACGCCAGUGCGCAGCGCCUGCGCCAGCAGCUGCACCAACUCAAGCUGGACUAUAUGCAUAAGCAGGCGCUGGAGCGCCAGCAGCUGAGCCGCCAGGAGCAGCUGCGCUACCAAAGCCAGCAAAAGGAGCGUUCCAAUCGCCAACAGGAUGCAGCACGCGCUUGCUACACCGAGCAGGAUGAGUUCGUCAGCGACACUGAGCGUCGUGCGCUGCAGGAGCAGUUCCUCAUACUGCCUCUGAGCUCCAAGACUGAAAUCAUGCGCAUCAUUGCGCAGUCCGAGGACAUCAACGAGGAGAGCUGCGAGCUGCACUGGUUCGACAUCAAGAACUUCACCAAUCACACCUUGAACAUUAUGAAGCGCGUCAUGCGUCCGCAUACGAAGCUCAAUCUGCGCAACAUGAAGCCCGAGGAGAAGGAGGAUCUGCAGCGCAGCCUCGAGAUGCGUCUGAGCAGCAUCAACCAGGCGCUCAAUGGCAAUCGGCGCAAGUACACGCAUCAGCAGCUGCGACUGCGCACCAAAGCGCCGCCUCGCAAAAAAGCGCGAUAUGCAAUUGGCACUAAAGAUGACGCCAGGCUCAAGCAGAGCGACUGUCAGCGGUCCCAGCAGCAGCAGCAGCAGCAGCAGCAACACUUGGGCGGCAAGUCGCAGCCCAGCAGCAGCGACAGCAGCGAUAGCGACAGCAACAGCGACUCCAGCAGUGGCAGUGGCAGCAACAAAAGCAGCAAUAGUUGCAGCAGCAGCAGCAGCAGCGGCAGCGACAGCGACAGCUCCAGCUCCAGUUCUAGCUCGCCCAAUGAUGAAACCAGACAUUCAGCCGAAGAUUACGAGCUGAAUAUGCAGCAUGAAUAUAUGUAAGCUGCAGUUUAUAAACAAAUAAAAAGACACAAUAUAUAAAGCUAAAAUAAAUAAAUGCAACUGCAAU